UCCAGGUCCGCCAACUAAAGUUGACUAAAACCGGGGAUGCAGAGUCGUUCACCGUCGGGGCAGCAGCAGCCAUAGCUGCAGAAAAGAGACGGUCCCCGCCCAAAGAUAUGGGGGAAACGAUUGUGGACUGCAAAAGGUCGAGCGAGAGUGGAGCAUCAUACUAUCCGUCCAGCAUGGCCCGCACGAGUUGGCAUUUCUCUACGCAAAGAGACAUUCUGGUUGGAGCGCAAUUCCUUGCAAGCCAAGAUUGUGUUGCAUUAGUGAUCAUCUCCUCUUCCUUCGUCCAGGCCGCAAAGGACCCCCCAGCAAGCCAUAUUCGCCUUUCUUUUCCCCUCUCAUUGUUGGAUCCCGUUUCUACCUAGUAAGGUCCUCAUUCAGGACCUUACCUAACGGGCACGGCUAGCCAGCCAGCCGGCAAGCCAACCCGCGGACUAAACACGGAUACUUCGGAUAGAACGAAACUCUCCCUAGCAGCUGCGGACGAACAUGCAAUAGUACGACAGCCACCCGAUCCAGGAGCGAAUUGAAG